AUGAACACUCAACAACUGGCCUCCUAUACAGGCACUGUGCUGGGCAUUGCCGCCACGGCAGCAGGGCUUAGAGCCGUCCUGCGACCAAAAGAGUUUGCGGCAUCGUUCGGUCUGCCCGUGGACGUGGGCGUGAACGACAUUGGCAAUGGACAACAGCACCGCGGUUCCUGUUCCCGCUCCUACUUCCCGGCCCAUGUCGACCACCAACAUGCGAUCACAGUGACCUGGACGAAAGAGAAAGAGGAUCUCAAUGAUGCCACCAACGGACACAGACUCGCGCUGCCUUCCGCCCCAGUCCAGGGUUCCUUGCCGCCGCAAGAAACCGAGAAAGACGGAAACAACAACAACCCUUUCAUUCCCCUCGUGGGAGUCCGCACCCUUGCCGUCGCCUUUUGCCUGUUUGUUUUCUCCACGCAGCAAAACCUGCACGCUGCAGGAGUCGUUCUGUUGUGUAACAUGGUGUCCAUGCUCGGUGAUGUCUUGAUCUGUUAUCGGCAGGGCACCGCCGGGUCGACAAGGUCGCACGUGGUUGCGGCCUUGGUGUUCGGCGGCUUGGGUGGGUUCAUGGCGUUGCAAUAG